AACCCUGAGGGCGGCGCUAAGCCCAGGCUCCCACACCCGGCGCUCUGGCCCUCACAGGCGCUACUCUGUGGCAUCUCGGGUUCCCUCUGGCUGUGCUCUGGAGGACCACACUCGUUUUCUUCUUGGCUGCCCGAGGCUCCGCGGCGGCGGCUGAGCUGGAAGAAAGAUGGCGGCAGCCGUGCGACAGGAUUUGGCCCAGCUCAUGAAUUCGAGCGGCUCUCAUAAAGAUCUGGCUGGCAAGUAUCGUCAGAUCUUGGAAAAAGCUAUUCAGUUAUCUGGAGCAGAACAACUAGAAGCUUUGAAAGCUUUUGUGGAAGCGAUGGUAAAUGAGAAUGUCAGUCUUGUGAUCUCGAGACAGUUGCUCACUGAUUUCUGCACGCAUCUCCCUAACCUGCCCGAUAGCACAGCCAAGGAAAUCUAUCAUUUCACCUUGGAAAAGAUCCAGCCUAGAGUCAUUUCAUUUGAGGAGCAGGUUGCUUCCAUAAGACAGCAUCUUGCAUCCAUAUAUGAGAAAGAAGAAGAUUGGAGAAAUGCAGCCCAAGUGUUGGUGGGAAUUCCUUUGGAAACAGGACAAAAACAGUACAAUGUAGAUUAUAAGCUGGAAACUUACCUGAAGAUUGCUAGGCUAUACCUGGAGGACGAUGAUCCAGUCCAGGCAGAGGCUUACAUAAAUCGAGCAUCAUUGCUUCAGAAUGAAUCCACCAAUGAACAAUUACAGAUACAUUAUAAGGUAUGCUAUGCACGUGUUCUUGAUUAUAGAAGAAAAUUCAUUGAAGCUGCACAAAGGUACAAUGAGCUCUCUUACAAGACAAUAGUCCACGAAAGUGAAAGACUAGAGGCCUUAAAACAUGCUUUGCACUGUACCAUCUUAGCAUCAGCAGGACAGCAACGUUCUCGGAUGCUGGCUACUCUUUUUAAGGAUGAAAGGUGCCAGCAACUUGCUGCCUAUGGAAUCCUAGAAAAAAUGUACCUAGACAGGAUCAUCCGAGGAAAUCAACUUCAAGAAUUCGCCGCCAUGCUGAUGCCACACCAAAAAGCAACCACAGCUGAUGGUAAUGACCAUGUCUUGUAUGCAGAAAAAAUAGCAUCUCAAAUGAUAACAGAAGGACGUAUGAAUGGAUUUAUUGACCAGAUUGAUGGAAUAGUUCAUUUUGAAACACGAGAAGCCCUACCGACAUGGGACAAGCAGAUCCAAUCACUUUGUUUCCAAGUGAAUAACCUUUUGGAGAAAAUUAGUCAAACAGCACCAGAAUGGACAGCACAAGCCAUGGAAGCCCAGAUGGCUCAGUGAAUCCUUGCAGAACUUCUGUGCACACUACAUCUUUUUCCAUGUUGUGCAGAUUAAUUUCACUCGCUCUCAAAAGCAUUUGCAUCAUGUAUUUCAAUCCCUUUUAUGCUGGAUUCCAUUUAAAGAAGACAUUAUUAGAGCAGAAAGUACAAGCAUUUUAAAAUACUUAGUUCCAAUAUAUUCAGGGUCUCUGUGUAUUAAGCUAACUCAGACGUUUUGAAAGCUUUUUCUUUAAACAGAGUAGGUGAAAUAUCUGUGGCUAAAAAGUUUGGGAUUUGUGAUAACUUUGUAGUCAUGUAAAACUUAAGUGCUUUGUGCCUCUCCAAACGUGGUUAUUCUAAUAAAUGGAGAAAUGAGCCAAAUAAAAGUAGUACUUUGUUUUUAAUUA